UUUUUUGGAAAAUAAAGAUUUGAAGAAACAAUGGUAUUUCAUUGCAGAUGUUUCAUGAUUGUAGAGAGUGAAUAUGAAGCCACAACUCAAACAAAAUCAGCUUCCACUAAAACCUUUCAUACUGCUUUCUCUGAUCUCAAUCAUGGAAUGACUUCAAGCUUCUUUAAUUUAUCCGACAAACCAAGCAAUCUGAGGGUUUUUACGGUCGCUGAGCUCAAAACAGCAACUAGAAACUUCUGCCCGGCUUCGAAGAUUGGCGAGGGUGGAUUUGGGAGCGUGUAUAAGGGCAUGAUCAAGAGUUUGGAAGACCCUUUUCGUGAGAUUCAGGUGGCGGUUAAGUAUGCCGAUGGAGUAUUGCAGGGACACAAAGAGUGGAUUACAGAGAUUAAUGUUCUUGGGGUGGCUCAACAUCCUAAUCUUGUGAAACUAAUCGGUUAUUGUGCGGAGGAUAAUGAUUUAGGGACACAACUGCUUUUAGUCUAUGAAUAUAUGGAAAAUGGUAGUGUGAGACAUCAUUUAUCAACAAGGGUACAAACGCCUCUUUCAUGGACCAUGAGACUCAAAAUCGCUCAAGACACGGCUCGUGGCUUGGCAUAUCUACACGAACAAAUGGACUUUCAGAUUAUUUUCAGAGAUUUUAAAUCUUCUAAUAUUCUUCUCGACCGUGAAUGGAAUGCUAAGCUGUCGGAUUUCGGGGUGGCUCGAUUAGGUCCUCAAGAAGGGUUAACUCAUAUCUCAACCGCGUUUGCUGGGACAGUGAAAUACGCGGCUCCAGAGUACAUUGAAACGGGGCGUGUGUCAUCCAAGAGUGAUGUAUGGAGUUAUGGUGUGUUCCUAUAUGAACUUAUCACGGGUAGGCGCCCAUUAGAUGGGAACCGGCCCCAAAACGAGCAGAAGCUUCUAGAAUGGGUGAAAAUCUAUCUAGACACCAAAAGGUUCACGCUUAUCAUCGAUUCAAGGCUCAAAGGUAAGUACUCACUAGAUUCCGCACAGAAGUUGUCUUUAAUAGCUAAUUGUUGCUUGUCUCGAGACCCAAAGUCAAGGCCAACGAUGAGUGAAGUCUUGGAAAUGGUUAACCAACUCAUAACGGAGGUUGAUAUUAUGCCAACUCAACUUUUAAAGUGCCAGGAGAACACAAAACAUAAAGAUGAAAACAACCAACUUGGAAUGUCCCUUUGGAAGCUCUUGAAAUCUUGUUUUAAGAAGGAAUGUUGUUGUGCGUCAUAAUGAAUAACAACAUAUAUUUUUGGUGUGUUUUAAGAUGGAUUGUGAUGUACUAAAAUAGAGGUAUGGAGGGGUUUGCUCAACGGUUUUGUAGCGCCGCAAUUCACCAUAUAAAGUGAUAUUAUUGAGGGUUAUUACUUAGGCCAUAGCGUUGGUUGCCUAAGAUGUGUAGUUAGGCAAUUCACCAUAUAAAGUGAUUAUUCUCUCGUUGUAUUGUAAAUGUUACCAUAUAAAGCUAGAUAAAUAAUAGUUAAAAACA